UUGGUAAGUGCAGUAUACAUAAUACUGUGAAGGGUGUGUGAGUGUGUGUAUGACACUCGGUUUUUUUUCUAAAUUUAUCGUUUCCCCUAGAAUUGUCCGAUGUGAUACGUAUACCUCUGCGAAUACCUGUUUGCAGUAGGUAUACAUCACAGCGACGAACUGCAGUGUGUUGCGCUUAUCCCGCGUUUAUUUACCGUUGAAUGAAAACUAUAAUUAAAUCAGACUUUGUUUCUCGACAUAACAUUGACAAAUUUUGGCUACCGCCCUGUAACUGUGGUGGCAGAUAUGAUAAAAUGCUGUGAACAUAUCGACGAUACUGAUAUUGAUUGCGACCAUCUUCAACUAAUUGGAAGCGGCUUAGAUUUGGCAGCACAACGUUCUAAAAAUAUAACACUUCCGUAUCUGAAUAUUUAUUCAUACAAUCGCCAAGGAGAAUGUGACAUUCGUGUCAGUAUAAUAUCUAACAGUCAUGAACAUGUGGAAUCUACAGUCAUUCAAAAGAUUGAUUUUGAUACAUCAGUAACACAAGGGAAUCAUCAUAAUUUAAAAUGUGAAUUUCCUGAUAAGGACCAUUUAGAUUAUUGUAACAUUGUAAAUUGUCAUAUGAAAUAUUCUGGAUAUCGAGGAUUUUUUAGUACAACAAAUCAAAAAUGUGUACGAAUUCCGGAAUGCCGAUCGAAAAAUAAUAGUGAUCACGCCUAUAUGUGGUCUAACAACCAAUGUGUAGAUCUAAAUCAUACCAUUACUCAUGAAGACAUUCAAGAAGUAUUGUAUAGAAUAGAUAACAAUAAGACUGAUGAACAGUUCCAAGCAUUCGACGAAAUUCAUUCUAACCAAAAAAUUCGUUGUCGCAAUGGAUAUUUGAACAACCAUACCGAUUUUUGCGAAUGUGAUCUUGGAUGGGAAAAUGAACAAAAUAUGAAUUGGGAUGAUUUUAUACCGUCUACUAUACCAUUACAAAUGUGUACUGUCCGUGAACACAUUUCUAGAAAUCAAGUGCAGGAUUUUAAACAUGUCACUAUACCAGAAAACUGUACAUUCGCGGAAGUUAUUAUAUCAUUGUUCAUAAGUGGUGUGAUUAUAAUGAGUAUUGUGCUGCAACUAUAAAUAUAGUGUUGAAUAUUCAUCAAUAUUGUUAUUUUCUCACAGGAAAUUUUUAAUUUUUACUACAAAAAUGUGUUUUACAAUUGU